GUUCAUGUGAAUCCCAAGUCACAAUGUGUGGUAUUUGUUGUGUUGUUACUUUGUGUAGCCAACGUGUUAUUCCUGAUUUCCUCAGCGAAGACACACUCCACCGUCUGAGAAGAAGAGGACCAGACAGUAGCCAACAGUUGAUAAAAACUGUGUCAGAUCUCUCUUACAAAUGUCUGUUUUCUGGCCAUGUACUUCACUUGAGGGGACUGGUGACUCCUCAGCCUCUAGAAGAUGCCAAUAACAAUGUUUUUCUUUGGAAUGGAGAAGUUUUCAAUGGAGUGCAUGUAGGAGAUCUAGACAAUGACACUCAAGUAAUGUUUCAUCAUCUCACAUUAUGCAGGAGCGAAGAGGACAUUUUGUCACUCUUUUCAUCACUCCAGGGUCCCUGGUCUUUUAUUUAUUACCAAGCAUCUAGACACAGUUUGUGGUUUGGUAGAGAUUAUUUUGGUCGUCGUAGUUUGCUUUGGCAGUUCAGUCCUGAGGCUGACAGUGCUUUCUGUCUCACAUCUCUAAGUGGUUAUUCUGAACCAGGCAACCAAUGGCAAGAGGUCCCAGCAUCUGGAAUUUUCAAAAUUGAUCUCAAAGCUUGUGCAGCAACUAAAUCUUUGUCUUUAACAUUGUUUCCAUGGAAGUACUGGUACACAGAGAAAGCAGCAGAAGAAACAUUCAUUAAUGUUCUUGACCAAGUGUCAAAAGAUUUGCCAAGCCACAUACAUCUUGUGAUGAAUGAAUCAAAGCUAUGUCUCAGAGCACCAGUUAUCCCCUUAAAUACAGCAGUUUCUGAAGCUUCAGGUGAAUGUCCAGGCACUAAUAGUAGCAACAUCAUCCAUGUGGUUUCUGUAGAAACCCUCCAAGGAUUUCUCGCAGAGGAACACAAGAAAAAAUUGGUGUGUCAGUUUAUUGAUGUUUUAAAUGAAGCAGUCAAGAGACGAGUUUUAUGUCUCUUUAGAGAUCAAGAUCAGGAAACCAGAGAAGUUCCAAGCAUGUCUCAUAAGAAAGCACAUGUUGCAGUGCUCUUUUCUGGUGGCAUUGAUUCUAUGGUUAUUGCAGCCCUUGCUGAUAAACAUGUGCCUUUGGAGGAGCCAAUUGAUCUUCUCAACGUAGCUUUCAUGAUGAAAGAACAAGCUAAGCACAAGGGUACCACUAAAAGACAUCCCAACCAUGAAGUACAGCUUGAUUUGCUUUGUCCUCAAGAAACCUGCCAAGAUCUUCAUGCUAAAAGUGGUGCCCAUUUAUGUUGCUUUGAUGUUCCUGACAGAAUCACUGGUAGGGCAGGACUGAAGGAAUUAGAAGCCAUUAACCCUUCAAGAACCUGGAACUUUGUGGAAAUUAAUGUUACACUAGAGGAAUUGAAAAAGAUGAGGACACAGCGCAUUAAUCACUUAAUCUAUCCGCUGGACACAGUCUUGGAUGACAGCAUUGGCUGUGCAAUUUGGUUUGCUUCCAGAGGGGAGGGUUUUAUUAGUAGCCAAGGAGAACUGAAACCAUAUAAAAGUCCUGCAAAGGUUGUGCUUACAGGAAUUGGAGCAGAUGAACAGCUUGCUGGGUAUUCUCGACAUCGUGUUUGCUUCAAGAAAUACGGCUUAGAGGGUCUGAAUAAAGAACUUGAAAUGGAGUUAGGUCGCAUUUCUUCCAGAAAUCUGGGUAGAGAUGACAGGAUUAUCGGUGAUCACGGAAAAGAAGCCAGGUUUCCUUUUCUUGAUGAAGAUGUUGUUUCAUUCCUCAAUUCUCUGCCUGUCUCAGAAAAAGCUGACUUGACUCUACCUCGAGGAAUGGGUGAGAAACUGCUCCUGCGCCUUGCAGCCAAGGAGUUGGGCCUCACAGCCUCCACUCUUCUGCCAAAAAGGGCCCUACAGUUUGGAUCUCGGAUUGCAAAACUAGAGAGCCACAGGGAGAAAGCAUCUGACACCUGCAGCAGGCUGAAGUUAUUUUCAGUAGGUGAAUUAUAGAACUACAUCUUGAGAUAUAUCUAGUCUAUUUGCAAAUGCAGUAAAUCUUUGGAGUUUUCUUAGGAUGUUUGGUCUGGUUUUUUUACGCACUUGGACAUUAUUAUUAUUAAUCAUCAAGCUAAUACAUGUAGAUGUGUACUUUUACUAGAGACUCACUAUGAAUUCACCCCUGGAGGGAAGGGAAUACUGGGCUUUGGGGAAGAGGAAAUAGCCAGAAGUUGGCUUUCCCACCCUUCCAGUGUUGCCAAAAUGUUGAGUCUGUCCAAUUUGUCACAUAUAUUGAAUUCAGUACAUUGCUUCGUGGUAGAACAGGGCUAGUCCUGCAGCUGUGCUUCAGAAGAAGGUUUGGGUUAUGGUUGUGGAAGGGAGGGCAUGGUGAGGAGCUGGCCUGGGUUGCCAGAGCCAAAAAGAGCUGAGGGUCUGGGGUCUUGUCAGCUCUUGGGAGAUCUGCUCUCCAGGCAUCAUCAGACAUCAGAAAACAGACAUCACACACAUCCCCUGGGUGUUUUGGGGCCAUCCUGUACAACCUCCCAGAACUGUGGCCAGUUCUGCAGGGAUGGGUUGGUUGGCAGUCCCCAGCCUGGGGCUCCCUAUGUUCCCAGAGAAACUGGGAAGUUCCCUCCAGGCUCUUCUUAGUCCAUUGUUGACUCCCUAGCUUGCUCUGUCUCUUUUUAGCUUUAGCUCUGCCACUUUUGCUUUUAAUUGUGUCCUUCAAUGAAGAUCUCUUUUAAACAAAUCAAAAAAAGGUCUCCCUUGAAAAAAAAAAAAGGCACUCUGGGUGGGUAUGUGGAUGCAAUCAUGGGGUUGAAAUAGCAAUAUGAAUGGACUGCCUCUGAAGAAAAGCUUGACUUAGCUUGUCUUUCUAAUUGUGUAUGGAAGGAUUGCAUUGUGAUUAGCUUUACUGAACUUCUCUAUUAAAAACAAAGAAGAGAAAUCUAAAAGGCACUGUCUCUAUACUCCGAAGUUUUAAUUUUGUGUAAGAAAGAACAGGCUUCUUACACCAGCAGCAGAAAAUUAGGUACUGCUGAAAUUCAGUUGCACUGGCACAGCAAACACAUUGAGAUCUGUUUAGUCAACUGUUCUCUGCAAUCAUGGAAGUGAGGAUUUUUUUAACAUGUAAUGUCAAUUAUAAACUUUAUAUGAAUUAUAUAUUAUAUUGAUAAGUUAUCAUACAUAUUAUAAAUAUAUGAAUUUAUUAUAAGUUAUGAAGUGUAAACAAUGGAGGUAUUUUCAUUUGUGUAAGUUCCUAUUUAUUAGAAAGUGCACUUUUAAUUUUUUUUUCAGUUGUUUUAAUACCAAGAACGCUUAGUUGUGCAAUAGUAACUGGAAUCACUUUGGUGAUAGGACACAGCAUUUGUUUCUCUGACAGGUGAUUUUCAACACUGGUAAACAAAGUACUGUCAGUAAACAUAACAGCAUUGAAACAGUUUUUAUUGAACAAUUUAUAUUUGCAUUUACUAAGUUACUUUUUAAGAUGCCAACCAUCGUAUCUGUUUUAAUUUUGGCACCUUGAUGGAAUCUUCUUCAACUCUUUUGGAAAUAUCAAUUCCAAGGGGAGCUCUAGAAAAUAAAAUUAUGUAUCUGUUAAAAAUAACAUCAUUGCCAUAUCACACAGAUGUACAGCUUCACAGACCCUUUUUACAAUUACAGUAUUUCUGCACGUUCCCUGCACCAUUAAAUGGUCUGUCUGAAGCUGUAUUUAGAAACAUCUUUACACUGAAGAAAUAAUUGCAUUUCUAGUGAUGCCAAACUUGGGAAAGACAGUUGUGGUUUCAAAGCCAUCUUUUGGGGAUGGGGAUGUUGUUAGAUUCCGAUUUUAGUUGCUUUGCAACUAAACUGCAUUUACAUGCAACUGAUGAAUGCAAAAUGCACUAGAGAUCUACAGGUAUCUCUUUAUAUGAUAAUCUUACAUAAUGUAUUUUCUACAGCAAGUGAAACUUAGUAUUUUAUUCACUGAUAUGUAUACAGCAAGUUAUCUUUGAAGAAGAGUAUCUUAUAAUUUUUCAUGUGAAAAUUAUAAUACAAUUUUUUUUAUUGA